GGCAGUUGCCGGUGAGCUUGGGAGAGCCGUGGGCGCAGAGGCGCUGUAAGUGACUCCCCCAGAUUAUUACAGAGAGGAAAAACCUGGACUCUGAGACAUAGACCCCAGAUAAACUGUAAACUGCUAGAAGAGGUGAUGGCUGUGGCCCUGGGCUGUGCAAUCCAGGCCUCCUUGAAUCAGGGCUCUGUGCUGCAAGAGUAUGACACAGACUGUGAAGUUUUCCGACAGCGUUUCAGGCAGUUCCAGUACACAGAAGCUGCCGGGCCUCAUGAAGCAUUCAACAAACUCUGGGAGCUUUGCUGUCAGUGGCUGAAGCCAAAGAUGCGUUCUAAGGAACAAAUCCUGGAACUGCUUGUGCUAGAGCAAUUCCUAACUAUUCUGCCCACAGAAAUAGAGACCUGGGUGAGGGAACACUGCCCAGACAAUAGAGAAAGAGUUGUGUCACUCAUUGAAGACUUACAAAGAGAGCUUGAGAUACCAGAACCACAGAUUGACAUGGAUGACAUGCUCUUGGAAGAACUGGCGCCAGUUGGAACAGUACCCAUGCCACCCAACUUGCACCUGGAGGAGCCUUCACUCCAGGUGAUGGAACCUGUUCAGGAGCCUCCGGUGCCGGAUGCCUGGAUUCCACAAGCUGGCCCCCAGGAUCUGAACUACAGUGCUGAUGCUGAAUGCCAGUCCUUUCUGGACCCUGGUUAUCAGUUACCAAAGCUUGACAUGAACUUCCCAUUGGAUCAUAGAGAAGAACCAUGGGUAAAAGACUUAGAGGAUCCCAAAGAAAUGAAACAAUUACUUGAUUCCAAGAUUGGUUUUGAGAUGGGAAUAGAAAAUGAAGAAGAUACUUCAAAGGAAAAAAAACUGGAAACUUUGUACCCAUUUGUUGUAACUUUAGAAGGGAAUGCUCUCCAUGGUCCCAUUUUGCAGAAAGACUAUGUGCAGUUAGAAAACCAAUGGGAAACAUCCCCAGAGGACUUACAGACAGACCUAACAAAACUCGUAGAUCCUCAGAACCCAACUCUAGGAGAGACACCCGAGAGCCCCAGCCUGGAAGAACCUCUCACCCCGAAGCCUCCAAAGAAAAAGAGUCCUGGGGACAAACCUCACCGAUGUCCCCAGUGUGGCAAAUGUUUCGCUCGGAAGUCACAACUUACAGGGCACCAGCGAAUUCAUUCAGGAGAAGAACCUCACAAGUGCCCUGAAUGCGGAAAAAGGUUCCUGCGUAGCUCUGACCUUUACAGACACCAACGACUUCACACAGGAGAAAGACCCUAUGAAUGCACUGUAUGUAAAAAGCGAUUCACUAGGCGCUCACACCUUCUUGGGCACCAGAGAACCCAUUCUGAAGAAGAAACAUAUAAAUGUCUUGAGUGUGGAAAAACCUUUUGUCAUGGGUCAAGUCUUAAAAGACAUCUAAAAACUCAUACAGGUGAAAAGCCUCAUAGAUGUCCUAAUUGUGGGAAAAGUUUUAGUCGCCUGACGGCACUUACUUUGCACCAGAGAACACACACGGAAGAGAGACCUUUUAAAUGUAGUUACUGUGGGAAAAGCUUUAGACAGAGACCAAGCCUUGUCAUUCAUUUAAGAAUCCAUACAGGGGAAAAGCCAUACAAGUGUACUCAUUGUUCUAAAAGCUUCCGGCAGAGAGCAGGCCUUAUUAUGCACCAGGUCACACACUUUAGAGGACUUCUUUAAGAACCGUGAAGGGAAACAGGUUCUAUCAACGUUAACACUAGCUCAGAAACAGUAUAGGCUGCUGUAGAUGUUUGUCUCAUAAGCCUUUUGUCUGAACUUGUAAGUGCAGCUUUGAGGGGUGCUAUUUUUAAAAAUACAUCUUUCAAGGUAUAUGAGUUCUAGAGUGUCCACAUGUUUGUGCAGUUUCUCUGAAUUUAAUAUCUUCUGUCUUUUUCUGUUGUUUAAUUGCAGUGGAAAGGUUUGGUUCCAAGGCAACCAUAUGAUAAGCAUAAGCACAAAGCAUAUAAACGGUGGCAGUCGUUUAUAGGUAGGACCAGUUAAUGGAUGAGUCCUGGUAACGGUUACAGUCCUACCACACUUGUUUUCCUGUGUCAUUAUGAAAGCAGCCAGUAGAUAGAUGUGCCCCAAGUGGCAAGAAAUGAGACAGUGAAUUUUGUCAACACAUUAAAAUUUUGUUUCAGGGGGACUAGGGUGAAGAGGAUGUCAUUGGCCUAAUGAACAGGCUUGUUUCCAAUUACAGUUUUAUGCUUAGAGAAGUUGGGAUCUUAAGUUUGGGAUUUUGUGGAGUUUGCUGGUCUGCUUAGUUGGCUAUCUGUGGUGAUGGUGAUUAGAGUGUGGUGACUAGAGUGGGGUGUUCUCUUUAUAACUGUAUGCUAGGUCUAGCAGAAGUAACUUACAGUUGAUGUUGUACAAGUAGACUCUGACUGUAUUUAGAUGGACUGAAGAACAAGUCUGCAUGGAUUUUCAUCCUGCUUCAGGAUUCUCUCUGGUUUAUUUCAAUGCUUUUGAAAUUUUAUCCGUUCUCCAAGUUGGUGUUUUUCUAAGUAUGUGUCAUAGAAUACUUUGUUCUGCAAGAUGUUCUACAAAUAAUUUUGGGGAUUGCUUCUAGCUGUUUGUCCUUCCUAGACUCAUGAUACUCAUCAGCAUAUGAGCCCCUGGGAAGGUCUUAGCUUAGAAAGGAGGCUCCUCUUGUAGCUCAAUGCGUUCCAAACUUAUUUGACCCUAGAACAUUUUUCAUGUACACAUACUAGUAACUUGCAGUAGUAUUCUGCUAGUAUCCCUUGGGACACACUGCCUUAAACCAGUAUGUCUAUAGCUAUCAGUGUAGUCCUGUCACUCUAAACCUAGUUAUUUCUAGUUUCAAUGAUUUUAUGAAAAAAUUUGAAAAUACACUUAUUUUGUAUUAUAUACACAUCAUUUCAAGGACGUUAAAAAUCACUAAGUCACAAAAUUUGUGAGUUACUUAGUGAUUUGUAGCUUCUGUGUUUUAAUUAUACUUAGACACACACAACAUUUUAAGAGGUGAAGCUCACUAAUUCACAUAAUUUAUGAAUUAUACAGUGAUUCUUAACCUUUUCGCAUUUUACUUUAUAAUCUCACACACAAGCACACACACACACACACACACACACACACACAGAGUUGGUACUUAUAUAAGUGUUCUCAUGUAAUCAUAGUAACAACUCAGAUCUCACAGUAAGGCAGAAAAUCCUCAUUGAGCUUAGUCCUUGUUAUUAGAUACAAGAAAUGGGACAGUCAAGUAUAUUCCCUUUCUGAAGCUACACAGUCAUCUUUAAAGUAGAACUAAGGGAGUUCUUGGGAGUAAUCUAUAAGUAUUUGGCGGGUAUGUAUUUUGUGCCUAAUUUGUCCUGUCCUAGUCUUAAUGGAAGAUAGUAACAAAACAUAAUUCAUAUGUAAGGCUCAUAAAGAGUUUAUCAUAUCUCUACUUAAACAAGAGUUGGGAAACAAAUGGAGAACAAUGCAAGAGAGAGCUUGUGACUAAGUGCCAAAUCAUAUAAAGUGCCAGAGCCAGGAUGUGUCUUUUUUCUUGGCAUCCAGGUCCCUGUAUGAUGCUGCUAAUAAUUCUGGGAUUAAAAUUACACCCCAGUAACAUGGGAGGAGUCUGAAUGUAGAGAUUAAAAAUACAGAAUGUAAUGGCUUCUCUUUCUCUCUUGUGGAAUUGCAUUCAAACCAGAACAGUGCCUUAGAAUGGAUGUGCCCAACUGCUCUGUAUUUAUACACGGUUUUAAUAAAGUGGAAAUGUAUAUA